GUUCGGUUAAUUAACUGACUUAUCUUCAAUUCUUCCUUUCAAAGUCCGUCCAUUCCCGGAGUUUUCUUUCCCACUCUCAAAUCUCCGUUCUUGCGAGAAAUUUCACAAACCCAUAAAAAGUUUUUGAUUUGCACUCCUGAAUUCCGAAAAGGGUUGGCUGGUUUUUAGUUGUUGUUCCACAGGAAAAGAAGAAAAUGCUGAUGAUAGCUCAAUCCACCAUUUUUCCUGCUUUAAAGCUACCGGACUCACCACUGCGACUUCCGAAUCCAAUUCUGAGUCCAACCCACGAUUCUCGUAUCUCAGCUUCAUUUCAGUGGCCAUGGUUUCAUCCCAAGCCCAGACUUCCGAAGAAUUUAUCUUAUCAGAUAUUUGGAAAGGAACUGAGAAAUAUUUUGAUGUCACCUUUACCGGGAGUAGAAGAGAAGAGAAGGCUGAUAAAGCUCAGGAGUUCCCUUCUUGCGUCAUCUUAUGAAACUGAGAGUAAUCACCCACUUGAAGCCUGCCAUCAUCAAAAUUAUGACUCAGUGGCUAAAUCAUCAAAUUCAACGUCAGUAAUGGAGAAAAGGAAGAAAAGAAGGGUCUUUUUUUUGGACGUCAAUCCUCUUUGCUACAAGGGCAGCUCUCCCAACUUACAAUCUUUUGCUCAUUGGGUUUCCCUUUUGUUCUCCGAAGUUAGCCGCUCCGACCCCGUCAUUGCUGUUGUGGAUGGGGAAAGAGGCAAUGAGUACCGCAGACAUAUCUUGCCAUCAUAUAAAGCAAACAGGAGGAAAUUUUCUGCUUUACAAAGAGAUUCCAAGAGUAGUGUUGAGAGGACACAUAAACUUGUCUUUGAUGUUCUUCAUGAUUGCAAUGUGCCUGUGGUGAAAAUCGAGGCUCAUGAAGCUGAUGAUGUUGUAGCAACACUUGUGGGCCAAGUAUUGUCUCGAGGAUACCAAGCUGUCAUUGCAUCUCCUGACAAAGAUUUUAAGCAAUUGAUUUCUGAAGAUGUGCAAAUAGUUUUGCCUAUUCAGGAGCUUGAUAGGUGGUCAUUUUACACCCUGAACAACUACAUAUCUCAGUAUGGUUGCGAUCCGGUCUCUGAUUUGAGUAUGAGAUGCUUCUUGGGCGAUGAAGUUGAUGGUGUUCCUGGAAUUCAAAAGUUUUUUCCUGGUUUUGGUCGAAAGACUGUGGUAAAACUCUUAAAGAAACAUGGCUCUCUGCAAGACUUGCUUAAUGCUGCUGCUGUAAGAACUGUUGCCAAACCAUAUGCCCAAGAUGCCCUCAUAAAGUAUGCUGAUGAACUGAGAAGAAACUACGAAGUACUUUCUCUGAAGAGGGAUGUUGACGUACAAAUUCAAGAGCCUUGGCUGUUUGAAAGAGAUCCUCACAAUGAUUCAGUUUCAAUAUCAAAGUUCAUCAGCUUAGUGAGAAAAACGGAGACCUUCAAUUGGCGAAGAGAGUCUUGUUUGAAGGGUUAAACUUCCAAGUGGAUGCUGAAGUCUCUAAAAGGUUGGAGCACUUGUCACUGAUCACUUUUGUUUAACAUUCUUCUCAUAUCUAAUUCAUUGCUUAAUAUUAUUAUUGCUGUUCGAGAUAAAAAUUCUAUGCAUAGUUCACUGUUUAAAAACUCCAUGGUUCGAUGAGGUUGCAAAAUCUGUUGUGUUCUUGCUGUUAUGCACUUACGAAAAAGUGUUGAAUAUAUAACUAUGAUUUUUUUAUUUUCUUUAUUAAUAUUUUUUUUAGUAUUUCCAAGGCACUAUUGCUAUUAAUCUGCUUGUUAAAUAAUGAACAUCUCAGAGAGUGGUGCAAUUAGCCUGAAGUGUGGUAUGGUAUAGGACACUGUAAAUUAGUUAAAGGGAGGAUGCACCCUACCACUCAACCACACCCUGGCUUCAUAAUGGGUUCAUUUGGAUAUGAGACGACAGUGGUGGGAUGGCCAAACAGGGAUAAGUUGAGCAAAAUUCAGAUGGCAAUUAUUAUUUACUACUACUACUUUAUUAUGGUAUGGGACCGGGCGUGGCUUUGGUUAACUGACUUAUCUUCAGUUCUUCCUUUAAGUCAUUCCCAGGUUUUUUAUCCAACUUUCAAAUCUCAAUUCUUGCAAUAAAUUUCACAAACUCAUUAAAAGUUUUUUAUUUACACUCCUUAAUAUCGAAAAGGGCUGGCUGGUUGUUAGUUGUUACAGAGGAAAAGAAGAAAAGCUUGAUGAUAGUUCAGUCCACCAUUUUUCCAGCUUUAAAGCUAACGACCUUGUUGCUGAGACUUCAGAAUCCUAUUCUAAGUGCAACCCAUAAUUCUCGUUUCUCAGCUUCAUUUCAGUGGCCCAACUUCUUUUUUCCAAAGAAGUUCUCUUAUCAGGCUAACAAACCCUUUUUGCAAGCUUUAUUUUUUAUUACUGUUUUGGGUUGUUGGAGUUGUCUUCUUCUUUGGUUCCCUCUGAUACUGAAUUUUGUUUUUUUUUUUGUGAGUUUCUUUGCUUUCUCUAUUUGGUAUAUAAGUCAUGCUUGUAGAGUUCCCUCAUUUGAUUUAACUCUGUAAAAUAUUGCCGUCGGUAAAAUGGGCCACUUGUAAUUGUGAUUGUUGGAUGCAUUCUGUCUACUUUGAUACCAACUACUUGUGUAAAAUCCCAAAUCCUAACAUUGUUGUAGCGGUACUUUUGCUUUUAUGUCCAUUUUUGGCUGUGGUAAUCUAAAUUUUCAGCAGAAAUUCAACUUGACAUUCAAGUCCUCAUUUCAUGGAGACAAGGAGAAGGGAAAGUAGCAGCGAACUAAGUAAAACAGAUAAAGGUGCUUUUUUG